UUCGCCCCGUAGUAUCAUGCCUAACAUUGGUGACAGUAAAUGCAUCCUCGUCGUCGGCGCGACCGCCGGCAUAGGCAGGGCCCUGGCUAAGAGCCUCAAGGCCCUCCCAUCCAAGCCCAAGGUCAUUGUCACCGGUCGUCGACAAGAGAGAUUAAAUGAGCUGGCAAAAGAGGGAUUCGAGACUGCCAUGGUCAAUAUCGACACCGAUCGGGCUGGCCUCAAGCAGUUCGUCGACUCCAUUGUCAGCAAAUACCCAGAGGUCGAUGCAGUCAUUUUCUCGGCCGGUAUUCAGCACGAGUUCGAUUUCACCAAGCCCGAAACGGUCGAUCUGGACAAACUCGUGAGCGAACUAAACACUAACUACACCGCCAUCGUUACGAUGAUAACGUACUUCCUGCCCCAUUUCCUCAAAGUCGCAUCCAAGGGCCAGCCAUGCUUUAUCGUCCCAAUCACAUCCGGCCUCGGAAUAGUGCCUGGACCUUGGGUUCCAUGCUACUCUGCAACCAAGGCUGCUCUGCAUAGUUACAGCAUCUCUCUGAAUGAGCAGCUUAGGGGAACUGGCGUCCAUGUCAUGGAGAUCAUGCCACCGCUGGUGGAGUCUGAGCUUCAUGACCAUCAAGGCAAGACUCCAGUUCUUUCCAAAGUUUGGAUGCCUCUGGAUGAGUACACUAAGCAUGAAGUGGAUGGCCUCUUGCGCGGCGAUACUUUCAUCCCCAUCGGCCAGACUGCGGAUAACUUCGAGAAAUUCGAAAAGGGCAAGGAUGAGAUAGCUCGGGGAUCCUUCAAAUUCAUCCAAAGCUUGAAUUCGUCUUAAAGAUGCGGUACAUGAGACAAUCUCCUGCCAUUACCAUAUCCAAGAGUGAUAUGCGUCGUAGGAUAGCAUAGAGUACUGGUCGGUGUAGGAUGCCCAAUCAAAAAUUGAUAGGAUUAUUAUGGUUACCGAG